AUGUACAUAUCGAAGACUAUAGAUAGGCAGGGAAAUGGGCUGAAUAUCCUCGUUCCCUUUCACAGACCACCCACACGCUUCUGGAAAAAUAAAAUCCCAGUUAUGGCCUCUCAGUCGAGCUUACUUUCCUCUGACACUUCUGUUGUCUCCCAUCAAGGCAACAUAAUGAAUAUAUUGCGGUUCCAUGACGGAAAUAUGCAUACCGAGGCUACAUAUGACCCUCAUGGAAAAAGAAAGACCAGUCCACCACUCGAAGCUGAAAACUAUCGAGUACCUUUUGUAGGAUUCCGCGUCCCUGUAACGUCUGAAAGUUAUCCAAACCGUCAUUCAGUACGACCAAAAGAUAGACCCCCUCCCAAGAAAAUGCGUCGCAUCGCAAGAGGAGUAGGCAAAAAUCAUGGCACAGAAAAGCGAAAUUCAGGAAAUCGGAGACGUUUACUUUAUGACGAUGAUGAUCUUGAAGUUAAAAACGCAGCUCUGCAGAUAGUGCCGAAAUGUCCUAAUUCCACACAGGAGGCAGGGGUGGACCAGCCAUCCGUCAGUGAGAUAAAGUUUGAGCCGAACACUUGUCAAAUGCCACUGAGCUCAGACAAAGUCGGCGUAGUUAUUAAGGCGAAUCAAGCACCUAGAUCCGAAAGCAAAGACGUAUGCGCUUUCAAGGUACCAAGGCCACCCAACUAUCAACCGAGGCCACAAUUUUCCACAACACUACCCCACCAACACUCAGCGCGCCUCCACAAUAUCCAUUACAAAAUGGAUCGACCCGACUAUAUAUUUCUACCUCCUCUUCAACCUCCAUAUUACACCCCUCCUCGUUAUCCAAUGCAUCCCCAGAUACCUCCACCCCUUCGAUUUGCCUAUUACCAAGCGCGUUCGAACUCCUUCAAAAAACUCCCCAUUUUACCACCACCCCAAUUACAAAAUAAUCCACACCCCCGAUAUUUCUAUCCACCUCAGAAUCCACCUUCAAACCAGUCUCAAUUCAGCGUAUAUCCGCUUUCACAGCAACCACUUCAAAUUCAACCUGCACCUACAACCGCUUCGCAGGUGCCAAGCGAAUUGACUUCAACCUAUCCACGCUCGACAAUCCAAGGAAGUGUACACAGUCCACACGAAGCACAGUUCUCGGUUGUGUCUGCGUCGCAACUGGCUCUUCUUCCUGUUUCUGCCCCUCCCCCGCACCCCGCCCCUUACGGUCCAGAUCUCAUACACCGAUUAGGAUCAUCUAGAACAGAGGAGCAGGCUACCUCGAAGUAUCCAGAUCUAUUGACCAAGUUGAAGCGCCUCAUAGCCAAGUACAACAAAGCGCGGAGCUGUGUAUGGGAUCCAGAAUGUACAAUGAAGAUGUACGGGUAUGAGUGCUUCUCUAUCCAUUUCGUAGAUCUCGAACCUGAGAACGUCAAGAAUGGUUCGAAUUCGGAGAAGCCAGAAAGCAACACAGCGUGCUCUAAGAAUACCAUCAGGACUUUUACCCAGAUCGACUUGCCGAAAGCUGGGAUUGGCAGAACGAUCUACAACACAGAUUGGCCUGCGCAAGACAGCAAAUUGUCUAAGAAGCCCAUCAAACGGGAUUCUGACACCAAAUCAUGCUUAGAUGUCGAAAAGCAUAUCGAGAUUGUGUUACGACUGCGUGAAGACUAUAUUGGCGUGCAUCUAUUUGAGUGUCAUGGGAUUGAGAUUGGGGAUGAUGAAAGGCCUAUUGCGUGUCGUCCAUGUGCGCUCGAGAAAGCGGGGAGUGUCUAUGCGGCCAUAAAGAGAGGAUUAAGCGUUGAUAUACCAAUGUCGUCGUUAUUACACCAUUUGAACACGAUCCAUGAGGAUCAGGAAAAUCAUGUCCAUUGCGAAGAAGUGGCGAAAUAA